CUAAAAGAAUCAGUUGUCUUAUCCAAUCCAGAAUUCCUCGCUGAAGGUACUGCCGUGAGAGAUUUGGAGAUGCCUGAUCGGAUUCUGAUCGGAGGCAAUGAAGAUACAGUCUCCGGUCGCUUGGCUAUUGCUAUGCUACGCAAUAUUUAUCUGCAUUGGGUUCCAGCUGAGCGCAUCCUCAUCAUGUCUACUUGGUCUUCCGAGUUGUCCAAAUUGGCUGCAAACGCCUUUCUCGCCCAACGGAUAAGCAGCAUCAAUGCCAUUUCCGCCAUAUGCGAAGUGACCCAUGCGGACAUUCGAGAUGUCUCACGUGCCAUAGGAUCUGAUAGCCGAAUAGGACCACAUUUCUUGAACGCAUCCCUUGGAUUUGGUGGUAGCUGCUUCCGUAAGGACAUUUUGAAUCUGGUAUACAUCAGUGAGAGCCUCAACUUACCUGAAGUCGCUUCCUACUGGUACUCAGUACUGCAACUCAAUGAGUUUCAGUUGCGUAGAUUUUCGAAGAGAAUCAUCUCCAAGUUCAACAAUACACUGCAGGGAAAACGUGUUGCUGUGUUUGGGUUCACCUUCAAAGCUAACACGCACGACACUAGCCUUGACACUGCCUCGGACAACGUUUGUUAUCAUUCACUGCUUUGGCGCAGCUCCAUACACACCAUUUUAGGCUAUUUUUUCUGUUUGAAUGAAAUUUAUUGCAACACUGUAUUAUGGAUGUUACACCGUCUAACCAUUGAAGGCACUGAAUGCAGGCAACAUGCUUUUCACUCCUAA